AUGGACAGGAUAUUAAAUGUUCUUGUUCGCUACUUUGAUGAAGACAUGGGGAAGGUUUUAACUCAGCACCUGGCCUCAAGAAAAGUCAACAUUGCAGAUGCCUCAACCCUCACACAAGAACUGACUGAUAUUCUUCAGUCCUACAGCCUGAACUGGGAUCAGAAGGAAAUUUUUUCAGAGUUUCAGUCCUUACUGCAUUUGGAAAAAAAGAGCCUGAUACGUCCUAUCAGCAGCAGGUUCCUGCAAAUGCUGGAAGUGUGCAACAGGGUGCGGGAGAUUAUGGACCCAUUGAUUGUGCAUUUCUACGGUUUCCUGUCCCCUCAGGAGCAACACAAACACAGAUGGCUCCUGAACCAGGUUCUUGACAAGCAUCAAGUGACACCCGAUGAGAGGGCCAGGAUCAUUCUUCUCCGACAGCAAAUGGCAAAAUCUGCAAGGACUGGAACAGUGUUCAACCAAAACCGGAAGAGACGCAUCUGUGUGCAGCUCUUCUCAGAGUUCGACAAGCUCACAGUCUUGAUAGAUCUUUACAGAGGUGUGCUUCCAACAUUCCAGGUGUUCCUGAAGAAGUUGCAACAUGAGAAACCCAUGCUCCAUGUGUUGCAUGCUGAGAUGGUGUUGCUGGUCAGGGAACUCCUCUCUAAAUUCAUGAAGCCUGAAGCCAUCUCCAUGAGGGUGAAUGAUUUGCUGAAGCUUGAUGUCCAGAACAGAGAGCUGCAGUACCCUGACAAAAAGUUGUCUGUGGGGAGAUACAGCUUCUUUGCCCUGAACAAGGCUAGAGUGGAGAAGAAGAUCUGGGUUCAGAACAUCUACAGCUCUCUCAGAAUAGGCUACAUCAAGGCAGCAACAUUCCUCCUGAAAAACCUUCCACUGAGGAAUCGCACCAUCACCUCUUUGUCUGCGCUGGCACCAUCAAUGAUUCUCGAGGAAUCUGUCCAAGGAGCAUUCAACACCCUAGCCAAAGCUUUGCCAAAUGUGGUUAAAUCAGAGGAGCUUGGUCAACUGGAUGAUGAGGUGCGAGCCUACCAGAUUGACUCAGAUCUUGGGGCACAGGCCAAGUGCUAUGAAGAAAAUACUUCACAAAUUGAUGUUGACUGGUGGAGUAAAAUACUUGCAAGCAAGACACCAGGAGGAGGGUUGAGAUUCCCUGUCUUGGGGAAGUUGGUAAAGGCUGUUCUGUCAUUGUUCACUGGCCCUCUUAUUGAAGGAUCAUUUAACAUCAUGGAUGACAUCAUUGAGAAUGAUAGGGUCAGGUUGAACAUUGAGACAUAUGAAGGCUUAGCCAUCAUCAAGUCCCACAUGAAGGCAACAGGGACAACAGCAUCCAAAAUGGAAAUUAGCCCUGCAUGA